UCCGCACCCCUCAACUCAACCGCCAGAAUCUGGUGCAGAGUUAAGAGAAAUAAUGAAAAGCCAACGGUUUAAGCGCGCCAUCAAGCCGAAGAAAACAUUCCCGGCAAACGACGACAAACUCGAAGACGAAGAACCAUUAAUGACUUCAACCUCAACUUCAAGGUCUAAGAAGUCCAUUAUUGUUAGAGCCAAAGUCAAACCCAAAUCCAAUCCCCAGCUUCUCCAUCCGGCUCUGGAAUCGUCCUUCGUUCUUGAGAAAGCGGCGAUAUUGAGCCCUGAUUUCUUCCAAAUCGAUGCCCUAGAUCUUGCACCCCGUCUCCUCGGCAAGUUCCUUCGGCGAGACGAUGUGGUUCUUCGGAUUACUGAGGUAGAGGCUUAUAGACCAAAUGACACUGCUUGCCAUGGUCGCUUUGGUAUCACAGCAAGAACAGCUCCUGUCUUUGGAUCAGGAGGGCAUGCUUAUGUUUAUCUUUGCUAUGGUCUCCAUACAAUGCUUAAUGUUGUAGCUGACAAGGAAGGGGUCGGUGCUGCAGUCUUGAUACGUUCUUGUGCUCCUGUCAUGGGGUUAGAGACCAUUCAACAGCGCCGUGGUCAGAAGACUGAUAAACCUGUCCUCCUUGCUGGGCCAGGGAAGGUUGGUCAAGCACUGGGGAUAUCAACAGAAUGGUCAAACCAUCCUCUUUACACUCCAGGUGGUCUUGAAAUUUCAGAUGGGCCAGAACCAGAGAAGGUGCUGGUUGGUCCACGAGUUGGCAUUGAAUAUGCUUCACCUGAGCAUGUUAGUGCUUUGUGGAGGUUUGCAAUUGCUGAUAACCCCUGGAUAAGUGCUCCUAAAAGUAAUCUUAGACCAGCUUAAUAUAAAAUUUCAAGGACUGAAGGAAUCCAUGGAUGGCAAUAGAGAAAAAGAAGAUAAAAAAGAGAAACCUAAACAUAUAGGUGACGAGGAAUGUGGAAAGAUGAACAGAAAAUAUGUAGAAAAGCUUACAAGUAUAUAGUCUUAUUAUUUAAUUUAAGACAUUUGGAAAUGAUUUGAGAAAUGAUCCUUUUGGAGUUGAGGAGGAUGGCUGUAUUAUUCA